CCCAUCUUUGCCACACUUCACUCAUCGUUUAACACUCUGUUUUUGUUCCUUGUUCUCCAUCUUUCUUCCGGCUUCCGCUUCUCUCUUUCUUUAGCCUCGCGUGGAUCAUCGUCGAAGGCUCCGUUCCUUCCUUUUUCUCUUCCUCUGCUCACGGGAGGGGUUUUCUGGCUGAUGAAAUACCUUUGCCAUCACUCUCCAGGGGAGAAUCAGACCAUUGAGUGGGUUAUGCGACCAAGAGUUGCUCUGAACAUUGCUGAAGCAUUGGAUUACUGCAGUAGUGAAGGCCACCCAUUGUACCAUGACUUAAAUUCUUAUAUGGUUCUCUUUGAUGAGAUGAGGCUGAACCAAAGUGUAAGGCAAAACGUUGGCUUCACUGGAAGAAAGAAAAAAAAUCUGCAAAAGGGGCAACUGAAGUGAUGGAAAUUGGAGACAAAAUGAGAAAUUGGAUGCUUUUUAUCACAAUGGACAAGUCGUUACAAACUAAUCAUACUGGUACUAGAAAUUUAAUUUGUAUUUUAGAAUUGGCAUUUUUCUUGAUGUUCACCUGCUUGGAAAGGUUUUUGAAAUUUUAUUUUAGAAUUAGUGUUCUUUUUUAUUUAGAACAAAGAACAAUAAUUUCCUUCUUACAUUCCACAUGUAUGGAAAUAUAGUAUUGCCUAUUGUUAAUGAA